AUGGGUAGAUUGGAACCACGGCUAAGCUUUGCGCAGUAUGACGGGAUACUCAUCUUUGCGACCUUCAUGGCUGUUACUAUAACGGGCAUGGUAUUCAGACUGUAUGUCCUGCGCUACGGCAGUGAAGAUGUCCCCGAGGAGAAUAACACGCAAAUCGGCCAGUUGAGCUUGACUCUCUUCGCCAUAUUCCCCCUGUGCUACAGCCUCAUCCGCAUCUCCAUCCUGCUCACCUACCUGCGGCUCUUCCCCGACCGGACGAAUCGAUGGCUGUGUUGGGGGCUAUGUAUUGCGCAGCUCAUCUACUCGACGUGGGCAGCUCUCUCCACGGCGCUGCAGUGCAAACCGAUAGAAAGCUACUGGACUAACCAGGAGGGCCGAAUAUGCCGAGACCCAAAAACACAGGACAUUGUCAUCCUCAUCCUCAACAGCACCUUCGACUUCAUCACAUACAUCUGGCCCGUGCAAUAUCUGUACAAACUGCAAAUGCCCAUCCAGACACGCGUCGAACUCAUCGCCGCCUUCAGCAUCGGAUUGCUGUGA